AUGAAACUUAAAACAUUUUUUAUGAUUACAUAUAUGACUAGGUACCGAGGGAUGCCUCAUGGUAAUAUUAUUCCUCCUCCACAUCCCCACCGUCAACAUCAACAGCAGAUGUUUCAACAACAGCAGAAUAAUCAGAUGUUUACGCCUCAUCAACAACAGCUUAGAGAGCAGGAGAAGCAGAAGAGGAAAGAGCAAGCCUUAGCUAAACGCCAGGAGAAGAUUUCUGAAGAUCUAUUUCAAGCUCCAGUCAAGAUGACGGAAUCUGCUGUUCCUGGGAUUAAUGCUGAGAAGGUGCUCGGCAAGCAUAAGAAUGCGUUCUCUGUGAUCAAUAAAUCAUCAUGUGUUGGAGUAGACUACCAGCCUCCAACACCUGCUCCUGUCCAGCAUAUAGAUGAGGAUGAUGAAGAUAAUAAACCGCCGCGAAAAAUGCCGGCGAUGAUCAAACCGCAAAAUAAUACUCGUCUACCGCCGAAUAUGGAGAAUCCUCGCCCUGCUAGUAAACCCCGUCCCCCGCCUCCCAGCAAAGAACCCUGGAACAACAUGGCUCCGCCCAUCACACCUCAUAUGCACAGAGCCGCCGGACGCCCGGUCCCGCCGGUCCGAAAUACGCCACCUCUCAAUAAUUACAACGGGCACCCGCCGACACAAAAAGGGCGGAAUCCCAGCUUGAGUAAUCUCAAGAUAGAUCCUAAGAUGAAUACAAGUAUAGAGGAUGAACAAGUGAAGAAGAUUCUCGGUGAAGUUUUAGGUGGAGGUCUGCCCUCCGCCCCUCUAUCAGGUGAAAAUAAUAGAAUUAUUUGCCAUCCCUUCCUCUUUAAACAGUUUAAUAUAAGAAUAUCAAUCCUCCUCUCUAACAGUUUACCACGUGUUCUUUAA